AUGAUAUGGUGCAAUUUCAGUAGUCCGUCACUACGGCUGCUUUCGCAUCUCAAUGUCUCGGCACCCCUGCUGGGUGAACAGGUCGAAGUCGAAGAUAGUGGCAUUGCUCUGGAUCUAACGUGCUCUGAACAUACCUCCAAAUUUCCUCUGCCUAAAUCUACGGGCGCCGUGGCAGAGCCAUCGACUCUACCUGGGCCAGACAUUGAUUGGGAUCUCUUUCGGCGCGAACCUUUCCAGACGAAAAACUGGCGGCGUGGGGAGACGAGGGUCAAGCUUAGCACUUGUGGACUGUUGAAUUACUAUGACCCGGUCUUUGAAAGUGCCGGAAUUCCUAGAGCGACGGAAGAACAGAAGGCAUUGAAUCUUACUAGCGACGGCUCGUGGACCGGCCCUGGGAGAGUUGCAACGAGAUUUGCGGCAUUGCAAUCUUUGACUCGCCGACGAAGACUGCAUAAUUUGCAGAACAUCACAUCGGUGGAUGCUGCAAUCAUGAGAGCCAACUCGGAGUGGGUCAUGCGGACCUUCCUUGAUAGUCAAAAUUCAGUUCGUGCCUGGAUGAUUGAUGUUCGCGACCAGACACACGGCUCCCUUGUACCCUUUCUGCAGUACCCGGAAAACAUUUCGGAGGAAACGUGGACUAGGGUUUCCAGUAUCUUCAAAGAAACGUACUCACGCUGUCGCUUUGAACACACCCGACUACUCGACGCAGAUCUAGGUGUGGAUCUCAGCCACGAAGAAGCACUCCUGAAGUGGGCUGUCGAGGAAACUAUGGGUGGUAUUUGCUCCGUCAUCGUCGAAGUAGGGUUAGCCGUUGAGGGAAGAUUGAUGUCCGAAUUCAACACUCCCCUCAACUCAUCUACAGCUUUACUCACAGCAGAUAUGAGGCAAGAUGUACAACAUUGGGCCUACGGCAUCGAAGAACUGAUGGCAUGGCUAGGAUGGGCAGGAGAGUGGAUCAGCUGCGACAAAAAAUGCGAUUGGGAUGAAAGCUGUGUCAUCCCGAUGUGGCCAUUGAUCCACUGGGUAGCGGUCGACGCAGACGCCCUUAUGGUGGACCGCCACCUUAUCGCUAUGGCUACCCGGGUAACCCUGGAUCUGGAACUCCAGGUAGUGGAGAAUUGCCUCCAAGCUAUGUAUAUCCCAGUAACGCAACUGGACGCCAAGGUAUUCCUUCCUGGGGAAUGGGUGAAGAAGAUCUGUGGACACCGAAAUGCGUCAAAUCUGAUUAUUUGCGAGGAUCUUGACAUGGGCUCCGCACGAGCCAAGCGAGUUGAUGACUUUUCGAGACACGCUGUAUUCCGAUCAGAUUUCAUCAAGCCUUGGACCGAACACCUGCAGCCUUGCCCUCUACUUUGUCUCGCUUCGCCGACGAAGUAUAUACGAUCGAUACGAUCCAGGAACCUUAUUUCGACUUCUCUCGACUCCUACCGAGAAUGCCAACCUGUUCUGUCAGUGAAUAGUAAUUAUGAUGAUGUUUCCAUACGAAGAGACUUUGGCUUGUUAAAGCCCAUAUCCUUUUCAGAAACCGGAAUCACUUAA